CCCAGGAUGUUUUCGCCGGGGUCAUGUCCUGGAGCAGCGUGCCCAGCUCACCCCUCAGUUCUAGUUCUCAGCUUCAUUCGUCGCAUGGCUUUUAUACGCCGUCCGAGAGGGCCGUGGACUAUCAGCUAUCGCUGGACGCCGUACGGCAUCCGUUCGGCCGGGGCGUCGCCUUCGACACACCGGCCUGCCACUCGCCAUCGCACCUCACGUCGCCGCCCGUUCUCCGUGAGAUGCAGUCCUUCGAGUCCGGGCUGACCGCGCGGGCGGCAGACUCGUCGCCAAAGUCCAUUCGCAUCAGCAAGGAGCGCGCACGGUUGUCAGACGACAGCGCGACGAUACCCGAGGACGAGUCGACGUCGCAGCUGGACGGCCUCGUGGCCGAGGAGCCCAAGUUCGAGGCGCUGGCCGAGCUCACCGUGCAGUCGCUGUACGCCACCGAUCUGUUCGACGUGCUGCAAAACUACAGGGGCAUCCCGGCUUCCAUCGAUAGCAUCGCCAUGGAUCCAUACCAGACGACCAUUCGUCUGUCCUUGAAGGCGGAGGAGUCCGCGGCACCCAGGGAUGAUCCGCGAUUCGUCAUCUGGGGAGAAGUCCAGACGGACACGUUCGAUGGUAUCAGUCCCUCCUGGAGUACGACUGACAUGUCGCCGUCGAACUCGGUCGGAUCACGACGAAAGAGCACGAAGGGCUCGCCAGACACCCCGCAUGUCCGUGUGCCGUCUGAAGAUCCGUCCAAGAGGGUGCUGGUCGCCGCGACGAUCGAACGUUGGAUCGCCCAGUUGACAAGCGAGCUCAACUACGACGAGCUCCUUCUCUUCUUCUUGACGUACCGAACGUACAUCAGUGCCUACGACCUCGGGAACCUCCUCAUCUGCCGUUUCCACUGGGCGCUGGCGCAGCCCACGUCCACGCGGGACGAGAUGGUCAGGCGCAUCGUCCGCGUCAGGACGUUCAUCGCCAUCCGGUACUGGCUUCUCACCUUCUUCAGCGUCGAUUUCGUCCCCAACCCAGAGCUUCGCGCCCUGUUUGCCGACUGGCUCAACAGCCUUCGUAAAGAUCGCGUUUUGGCACGACACAAAGACGCUAUGAGCAUUGUCGUCAAAUUACGCAAAGUCGUUCGAGAUUGCAAGAACGCGUACACAGAGUCGAAGGACUCUGCAGGCAAAGCAAAGGCCAAAUCGAAGCCUCCCGUGCCUCCUACUCCGCAGAGCUUGGGAGAUCUGUCCGGCGGUAAUUUUGCAGAGGCCUUGCGAAAAGCGGUGAACAGGGAUGAAGACGAUACCGACCUUGAUCUGAGCCUCGAUGGCGUGGACUCGUCCCGAGUUGACUUUGGCAUUAGCCCCUCAGCAGCCCCACUCGCUAAUCCCUCGUCUGCCGUUGACCUGGCCAUGCUCCGACAGCCGCUCCACCUCGCGUUCCUGCAGUACGGUGGCAAGCAGACACUCUCAAGCUCACCGCCCACCGUCGUUUCCUCUCAACUCUCCCUGCCUGCCGGACAUAGCUCGCUUUCCCGCGUAGUCGUCAACGCUAUCGGUCGGCUGGGCCGAUGGAAGCGUGUUCUGAAUUACAGGACCACCAACGCGAGGGCCCCGAUGCGACCACCUCUCAAUUUAGGCACCGCUUGUGUGAAUGCUACGGCGUUUGACCUUGAGGCCAGCGAGACAGGUGACCUGCUGAUGGUCAAAGGCGGCGUCGAGCAAUACCUGAAGAUGAUCGAGACGCAGGUGACGGCGCGGAAAGCAAACCACAUGUUCCGAAUAUCCAGGACGGUCGACUCCCUGCCGUCGUACGAGAUCGCGACGAACCACCACCUGUCCUCCAUCAGCCAGCAAGACACCCUGGUCGAGUCUCUUGAACCGGUUCGCGAGGCGUCAGACGAAGGCGGUACCAUCGAGGAUGAGCCCGUGCCCGUUCCUGUGCCCGAUCAGGCUCCAGAGCCGAGCGAAGAAGUGGCACCCGCGCCUGAAAUAGAGGCAGAUCCUACUACUCCAUCCGCUCGCGCGCAGUCCCCUCCAGCCUCAUUGCUGCACUCCUCUCUUCAGUCCUCCAUACGCUCCUCGGUCAUGUCAGACGACACCUCGGUGGAGUUCUCUGGCAACCAGAGAUGGCGGUCCCGGUUCCAUACGGACCGGAUGGACAUCGUUUCGAUCGACGAGCUUGACACGCUUUCUGACUUUUCGUCAGAGGAAGACCCGAGGGAGCCUCUCCCGACCGGUGUGGGCCUGCGAAGACACAACCCGCGGAGACUUCCCAAUCGGCGGGACUUUGAGUUCGUGCGCCAGUCCGUUGAGAGCGCGUCAUCGAUGGGUAUCCGUACGCACGACUCGGUGCUCUCUGGAGGCUCGUCGGUCGUCUCUUCUGCACAUGUGUCCGGCAGCGCCGAGUUCGCGGGGCCGAUCCAGCAAUGGCAGAUGAACGCCCUUGUGGACUCGCUCAGCGACGACGAAGAGUCCGGAGACGUGGAGGCCGCAUUGCGACGCCUGGAGGGUCAGAUCAACCAAGACCAGCAGCGCCACAAGCAGACGAAGGUCGAUGGCUGGGUGCAGAGCAUCCGCGAGAGGCUCGCCAACGGGCAGCUUGGGUCUGAUCGCCGGCGGUACUCGUCCGACGAAGAGGACUACGGGGAGGUCCAAAGCAGCAUGAAUGGCAACGGCAAGCGCGCGGUCGUCAGCCGGGGCAGCGUCUCUCGCUCCUCUGCACCCCGCAUCAGCAGCUCGCGCAACUCUGUCAGCUCGGCGCACCACGAAUCGCCGUUUGCGGUGGCGUUCCCCACGCCAGAAGAGCCGGAAGCACCGGUCGUUCCUCCCGGUCUUGGGCACUCGGUGCCGUCGAGCAACGGCAAGCCCGCUCCUGAGGACGUCGUGCCGUUUGAGAUUCUGCGGAGCCGCGUGCCUUCGCGACCGACAACCUCUGCGGGCUCUCCGUCGGCCGAGAGGCCCCUGCCGCCCCCUGCGAACCUGCCCACCACGAUCCCGAGCGCAAACUCAUUCGUGAAAGAGAAGAACCUGACGCGGCACCGGUCGUUCGUGCUCGGGUAUAAGUCGGACACGCUGAUGCACCACUUCACGAUGAUCGACCGCGAGCUGUUCCUGGGCGUUAAGUUCCAGGAGCUGGUGUCCCAGAGUGACUGGAUGGUGCCGUCUGAGGAGUAUAACAUCCUGGACUGGGGCCAGUUCAUGAAGGACCGGAAGACAAAGUCUGGAGACCCGAGUGCGGCCAGGACGUCGGGCCUCACUGCGAUACGCGGCCGAUUCAACCUGAUGGCGAACUUUGUGAUUGCGGAGAUUGUCAUCACGCAUCCCAGCGAGCGGUUGAUGGUGUUCAGCAAGUUUGUUCGCAUUGCUUGGAAAGCAUACAGCCUUAGGAACUUCAAUGCCUUAGUAGCGAUCCUCGCUGGCCUGGAUAGUCACUGGGUCAAAAGGGCGCUGCGUCAAAGCAACGACAAGCCGGGUAUAUGGGAGAGCCGCAUGCUCCGCGACUUGCAGCAGUGGACCACCAGCGACGGCGACUUCAAACACAUCCGAACUACUAUCGACAGCUUGGCAGAGGCUAAGCCAGGGUCUCCGGACUCUGCCACCCCCAAUGCGGAGACGCAGUCAGCGACUCGAAGUCGCGCUGCCUCUGAAGGCAAUCCCCCGACACCGCCUGCUUGUAUACCCUUCUUCGGUGUUUAUCUGUCUGAAUUGUACAGAUACAGCAGCUUACCUGACCUCAUUGACCCGACGGCGCCACAUGAACCUGUCAGGAUCGACCCGGAGACGAAUACGUUCGAGCCGCCGGCGCACCCCGAAGUCUUCUCUAACCUAGCCCCGCUCCCGCCGACUGUGCAGCUGGAGCCUCUAAUCAACGUGCACAAGCAACGACUCGUCGCGGGCGCCGUCAAAUCCCUGGUGGCCGGCCAACACCUCGCGUCCAAGGUUCAACACCCUGUGGAAAAGAAGCUGUUCCAGAAGUGUCUUAGGCUGCGCGGGCUCAAUGUCGAUAUGCUGACGCGCGCGCUCGCAAUCUUCGACAGCUGGGAGGCAUGAUGUGAUAUUACGGCCUGGGCUCUUUGCUACUUCUUCCUCAUCUGUGUUCGUUCUUGAUGCUUCUUGUUAAAUCGGGGUUUCUGGGAAAUAAUGUGUAUAGUUUUCACGAGUUGUUAUAACGCCUCCGUACAGAUGAC